AUGCCUCCACCUGCCCCUAUCGUUCCCGAGGGCUGGAAAGCCGAAUUUGAUGACCGAUAUCAGGAAUGGUACGCACCUACCGUAAUGUUUUCGCUUUUUCCUCUCUCAACUCCUCCCGUACUAAUGACUCUGUUACUGUUUAGGUACUAUGUCAAUCUUCACACCGGACGCUCGCAAUGGGAACGACCAGAUCGACCAGCCCAGCCUGAUGGCGCGGCUCCCCCUCCCAAGGGUCCUCCGCCCAGUUAUGAGGCCACCACGCGUGAUCGACAAGAUCCAGAUCCACGAGCUCGGGAUCGUCCGGAUGCCUACUACUCCUCCCCGCGACCUGCGUCGCAGUCCAACUAUGUGCCGAAUCGAGGGGAAGGGCCCUAUGGCUACCCACAGCCCCAGUACGGGUACAAUGGCUACGGCUAUAACCCUGCGUAUCCCCCGCAACCUGCCUACCCUAAUCAGUAUCCCAAUGCCUACCAGAAUAUCCCAGAUCAAGCCCAACCCCCGCGCAAUCAGAAGCAGAGGAAAGGCAUAGGCAAGAUGGGGGCCGCUGCCCUAGGAGUGGGCGGAGGAUUGCUGGGAGGAUUUCUGCUCGGAGAAGGCAUCGAGGCGUUGGAGGAUGAUUUUGAUGGUCCACCACCGCCAGGACCGGACUUUGGCGACUUUGGGGGAGGUUUUGGUCCCUUCUAG